AUGUCUCUUCAAGUGACUGGACAAGUGCUUCGUUGUGAUGCGAUAGUUGAUAUAAUUCAUGGCAUCCAAAUUGUGUCCACAACAAGAGAACUCUAUCUUGAAGAUUCACCACUGGAGCUAAAAAUUCAGGCUUUGGAUUCUGAAGGAAACACUUUCAGCACAUUGGCAGGGUUAGUCUUUGACUGGACAAUAGUAAAAGACACGGAGGCUGAUGGCUUCUCAGAUUCUCACAAUGCCUUACGUAUACUCAAGUUUUUAGAAUCCACUUAUAUUCCACCUUCCUAUAUAUCAGAGAUGGAAAAAGUUGCCAAGCAAGGAGAUACCAUUUUGGUGUCUGGAAUGAAAACAGGGAGUUCUAAAUUAAAAGCAAGAAUACAGGAAAGCGUCUAUAAGCAUGUACAUCCUGCAGAAGUCAGAUUGCUUAUUUUGGAAAACAUCCUUUUAAAUCCAGCAUAUGACAUUUAUCUUCUGGUAGGAACAUCAAUUCAGUACAGAGUUCAGAAAAUAAGGCAAGGGAAGAUUACAGAGUUAAUGAUGCCAUCUGACCAGUAUGAACUGCAGCUACAGAACAACGUACUCGAUCCCGAGGGAGAUCCGUCUCGGCCGGUUGCCAGGUUGGACCAGGCAACAUUGGUUGUAACUGCAUUGCAGCAGGGACAAACAAACCUUGUGCUGGGGCACAAGAGUAUUCGCAUGCAAGGGGUCUCCAGACUCCCCAACAGCACUAUCUACGUUGUAAAUCCUGGGUAUUUAGGAUUUACAGUUCAUCCAGGUGACAGAUGGGUCCUAGAAACAGGCAGACUUUAUGAAAUUACAAUUGAAGUGUAUGAUAAAUCAAGCAAUAAGGUGUAUUUAUCUGAUAAUAUCAGAAUUAAUACAAAGCUGUCCAAAGAAUAUUUUGAGGUGCUGAAGUCAUCUCUGAAUGGAUCAUAUCAUUAUGUGAAAGCAAUAAAGGAGGGUCAGACCAUUAUUGAUGCUGCACUGACAUCGGUAGUAGAUCAGGAUGGAGGUGUUCAUACAUUACCAGUUCCAGUGCGAAACCAGCAAGAUGUUGAAAUAUAUGUCCCCAUAGUUCUUUCACCUGGCAUUCUGACGUUUCCUUGGCAGCCAAAAGCAGGACUCUACCAGUACACCAUACAGGCUCGUGGUGGAAGUGGAAAUUUCAGCUGGUCCUAUUCUAACCAGGCAGUUGCUACAGUGACAGUCAAAGGAGUAAUGACAACUGGAAGUGAUAUUGGUGUCAGUGUUAUUCAGGCAAUUGAUGUUCAGAAUCCAUUGCAUUAUGGAGAAAUGAAG